AUGAAGAAUUCCAGUAGCGCUUUGGAGUUCUUACCUAAAACAUUCAUUUUGGUUGGCAUCCCAGGGCUGGAGACAGAGCACAUCUGGAUAUCCAUCCCCUUCUGCCUGAUGUACAUCACCAUCUUCCUUGGUAAUGGCACCAUUCUUCAUGUCAUCAGAAAAGAUGCUGCCUUGCAUGAACCCAUGUAUCUCUUUCUUGCCAUGUUGGCAUUUGCUGAGGUUGGUGUCUCUGUAUCCACCCUUCCUACAGUGUUGGGCAUGUUCCUUUUUGGUAUGUCUGAGAUUAGUUUUGAAGCAUGCCCUCCAGAUGUUCUCCAUCCAUUCUUUCUCCAUUAUGGAGUCAGCUGUAUUGCUGGCCAUGUCUGUGGACCGCUUUGUGGCCAUCUACAGCCCAUUGCGCUAUGCAACUAUUUUGACACUGCCUCGCAUCUUUUGCACAGGAGCUAUCAUUGGACUGAAAAGUAUUGUGCUCAUGGCUCCAUUGCCCAUGCUGUUAUGGAGACUGCCCUUCUGUGGCCACAAUACCCUCUCUCAUUCUUAUUGUCUCCACCCCAACCUUAUCAUCUACCUUGUGGGGAUAUUUCUAUCAACAAUAGCUAUGGGCUCUUCAUUGUUACCACCACAUUUGGUCUGGAUUCAUUGUUCAUUGUGGUUUCCUAUGGGCUUAUACUCCACACUGUACUGGGUAUUGCCACAGGAGAAAGGCGAAAGAAGGCACUCAACACAUGUGGCUCACAUGUUUGUGCCGUGCUUGCUUAUUAUGUACCUAUGAUUGGCUUAUCUAUGGUGCAUCGUUUUGGACACUGUGUUUCUCCUCUGCUACAAACCAUGAUGGCCAAUGCUUACCUCUUCUUCCCACCUGUUGUCAACCCCAUUGUUUAUAGCAUUAAGACCAAGGAGAUCCGUCAUGGCAUUGUCCGAAUGCUAUCAGAAGAGAGACCUAGAGUUUAA